AUGGCAUUCCUUGCCGAGUUUGGGGCUCUUACAGACGAGCUCGUCACCGUCAUCACAUCCACCUCGCCGACUUCUCAUCCACAGAGAUUCAACAAAUUGCGCGAGUCUGCCCUUCGCAGCCUUAGGAAUCGAAGCUACCUGCAGACAAAUCAUUUUGCUGUCGAAGAGCAACUCCGUGGCCUUGUAGAGCGCUUCUCAGUUGUCGGCCGCGAUGGGCUCUCAGACGCUCUGAGGCAGAGGCUGGAUUCUCUGUCGACCAGAACUACCAGGUUCACUCCCGAGCUACUACACCUAUUCCUUGAGUUGUCUGAUAGGCCCACGCAAGAGACCUCACUCGACGCGUUGGAACGUCUACGCCCUCCAGACCAAGACUCAGGUCCGAAACUGCGAUGGGAGGACAUUGCCGAGGAGGAUGGCUGGGCGCAAGACCGCAGUCUCUGGAAGAACGUCGACUUCGCCGACAGCUCGGAGGAUGAAGUCGUCCAGGACUCCCAGUCACAGGUGUCUGAUGAGUCGUCAGACACCUCGAUAUCCAGUGCGACGCAAGGCAGGAGGACCGCCAAGGAUCUCGUGCUCACACAAGAUCACGGUGAUGCAGCGCUCGCAGCCGUCGAAAAGUCCCAGGAAUGGCGAAACACUGCUCUUCCAAGGGACGAGGCAGGACGUCCGCUGAAGAUACCUAUUUCCGAGCUUCAAAUCCUGCGUGAAGUCCUUUUCAUGCUCAAUGGCCUCCCGUCAGAUCUAUUCGCCCCGGACUGCACGCCUGUGCCCAGGUUCCAGCUUGCAGAUAUCUCAUGGGACACAUAUAGGGCGUUAAUCAACUCCUUUGCCGAGUGCGGCCGGACUCUGCUUCCACUCCGCAAGUUCUGCGAGACGACACAAGGUAUUCCGAUGGUCCAAGCCUUCCAGGAUUCUGUCUUCCAACGGCUGAGGCUGUUUGAUCGCGACGUCGCUCUGAUCCAGCACCGUUUCGUUGACAUCAAACAUGACACAGUCGUCAGCUUAAUUGCUCUUCAGGAAGAGCUUCGGCCACAUCUGACUCCCCUAAUUGCGCUUGGCCAUGUGGUCCGUCAACUACAGGAUGAGCGUUACGCUCAUGCUUUCCGCUGCCUAGAGCUGCUCUACAACGCGACUUGUAUUGCUCAACUGAGUGGAGACACACGCACGUACAGCUUUCUGGGAGCCAUCUUCUUCGAAUGCUUCAGAGUUUACACCAUCCCCAUAAGGCGGUGGAUGGAGGAGGGCCAUCUGACGCCAGGAGACAAGACAUUUUUUGUUGCGAAGUGUGAAAGCCCAGUCCCUCUGCACCAGAUCUGGAGCCACAAGUUCGAACUCCGACGAACUCCGGACAACCAACUGCAUGCACCAAAUUUCCUUCAAUCCGCCCUGAAGAAAGUCUUCAACACUGGAAAGAGCGUGGUUGUCCUCAAACAGCUUGGGCGCUUCCGCAGCGUCACAGAUCAUCCCGCAGAUCGUACACUGGAGCCCCCGCUGGAUUUCGAGUCCAUCUGUGGCUCCCCAGAUCUCGCCAUUGCCCCCUUCUCGGAGCUAUUCAGUGAUGCAUUCGACCUUUGGAUUCAAAGCAGGCUCGCCUGGCCCGUCCGGCUGGUCAUCAAAGCAGACAGCAUCGUCGGCUACCAAGCCAUCUUCACACUCCUCUUACAGAUCCGGCGCGUAGCCGCCAUCUUGAACAAGCUCUUCACCAGCUGCAGGAGCUACGAUGAGACCAGCGAGCAGCUGACCUUUUACAGCCUCCGCUCGCGCCUGAUCUGGUUCACAAACAUCCUCCAGACCUACCUGGCCACCCUCGUCCUCGCCCCGAACAUAGAGCGCAUGCGCGGCGACGUCCAGAACGCAGAGGACGUCGACGCCAUGAUCGAGAUCCACUCGGCCUUCUCGAGGCGCAUCACCGAGGAGGCGUUCCUGGGCGCCAAACUGGAGCCCAUCAAGGAGUGCAUGCUCGACGUGCUCGACCUGGCCAUCAAGCUCGAGGACGCGAGGCGCACCGAGGAGGAGCGCCAGCCCGGUCACGAGGACCUCGUCACGCCGAAUCGCCCUGGCGCAGGCGGCCCCGUCGGGAGCGAAAGGACACCUAAGCUCGGCGUGUAUGUCAGCCCCAAGGAGAAGGAGAGGGAGGAGGAUAACACCAUACUCUUUGGGGAUGGUGACGAGGAGGACGACGAGGACUUCGGCGUCCAGGACUCGGCCAACACGCCGAAUCAGAAGCAGAAGCAACAGCAGAAACAGCAGUACCAGAGACAGACGUACGCGGAGGUUCUCAUGGGCAUCCGCGCCGACUUUGACCGGCAUCUGCGCUUCAUCGCGGGCGGCCUGCGCGGCGUGGCGAGGGCGUCGGUGGACGCGGCGGCGCCCAAGUGGGAUAUCCUCGCUGAGAUGCUGGAGAUGGGAAUUCGGGAUAAUAGCAGACAGGCUGCCUAG